AUGUUUUUAGUUGAGAAAUCAUUUAUCUCUACUCCUCGCUUAUCUCUUUUCCGCCCCCUUCCUCAUCAUCCUCGCCUGUCCUUCACCUCGCCGUCACCUAAUUACAUUCUGAAAGAAGCAUCUAGAAGAAAUUUACAAGCUAAGUGCGCGCAUUCGGCGUCAACCAUGGCAGAUGGAAUUGAAGAUAAAACAGGGAGCCUUAAAGAUCAAUUGUCAAAGAUAUUUGAGGCUUCACUGAAAGUUACAGUCCCUGAUGUACAUGUUGAGCCUUUGAUUGUUGCGUGUGCCAAAAAAGAAUUUGGUGACUACCAAUGCAAUAAUGCCAUGAGUGUAUGGGCUAAGAUAAAAGGCUCGGGUACAACAUUCAGAGGUCCACAACCUGUUGGACAGGCCAUCAUGAAAAAUAUCCCGGAAACUGAAAUGAUAGAAUCAUGCUCCAUAGCUGGUCCUGGCUUUGUGAAUAUCAAGUUAUCAGGGAAAUGGAUAGCUAAGAGCAUUCUUAAGAUGCUAAUAGAUGGUAUUGACAUUUGGGCACCAAAACUUCCUUUUAAGAGGGCGAUUGUAGACUUUUCUUCGCCCAACAUAGCCAAGGAAAUGCAUGUGGGUCAUUUACGAUCGACUAUCAUUGGAGACACUCUUGCACGGAUGCUUGAGUUUUCCAAAGUUGAUGUGCUCCGAAGAAACCAUGUUGGGGAUUGGGGCACCCAGUUUGGGAUGUUGAUCGAGUUUUUAUUUGAAAAGUUCCCUAGCGGGGAAGUGAAUGAUCAGGAUAUUGGAGAACUUGAGGUUUUCUAUAAGGCAUCAAAGAAGAGAUUUGAUGAUGAUACCGAAUUCAAGGAGAGAGCGCAACAGGCAGUAGUCAAACUUCAGGCUGGUGAGGAAAAGUACCGGAAGGCUUGGGCUCAAAUCUGCGAGAUAAGCCGAAAGGGUUAUGAAAAAGUUUAUCAGCGUUUGGGAGUCCAUUUGGAAGAAAAGGGUGAAAGCUUUUAUAAUCCCUACAUUGCUGAUACUCUAGACCUGCUGAGGCAGAAAGGAUUAAUCGAAGAAAGUGAUGGAGCUCAGGUUAUUUUUAUUGAAGGAAAAAAGAUACCUCUUAUUGUUGUGAAGAGGGAUGGAGGUUUCAACUAUGCGUCAACAGAUCUUGCAGCUCUUUGGUAUCGUCUGAACGAGGAAAAAGCUGAGUGGAUAAUAUACGUCACUGAUGUAGGACAGCGAGAGCACUUUGAAAUGUUCUUCACUGCUGCUAAACGUGCAGGGUGGCUCCCAACUAAUGAGAGCGAAUACCCUAAAACAAGCCAUGUUGGCUUUGGGCUUGUUCUUGGUGACGAUGGGAAAAGAUUCCGAACUCGUAGUACUGAAGUUGUUAAGUUGGUGGAUUUGCUUGAUGAAGCUAAAACCCGUUGUAAAGCCGCUCUUGUGGAGAGAGGUAAGGCUGUUGAGUGGACUGAAGAGGAGCUUGAGAGCACUGCUGAAGCAGUUGGAUAUGGUGCUGUUAAGUAUGCAGACCUGAAGAACAAUAGAUUGACCAAUUACACUUUCAAUUUCGAUCAGAUGCUCAAUGACAAGGGAAAUACUGCUGUAUAUCUGCUGUAUGCACAUGCGCGAAUAAGUUCAAUUAUUCGGAAAUCUGGUAAAGACAUAGAGGAGUUGAAGAAGGAGGGGCAAUUAAUUCUGGAGAAAAAUGAAGAACGUGCACUGGGAUUACAUCUGCUCCAAUUUGCUGAGGUUGUCGAAGAGGCUUGCACAAAUCUCUUACCCAACGUGUUGUGUGAAUAUCUAUACGAUUUAUCCGAGAAGUUUACCAGUUUCUACUCGGUGUGCCAGGUUGUUGGGUCUCCUGAAGAGACGAGUAGAUUGUUAUUGUGCGAGGCAACUGCUGUCGUGAUGAGGAAAUGCUUUCAUAUUUUAGGGAUUACACCUGUUUACAAAAUCUGAUUGAAACAAACAGUUUGGACCCUGAGGAAUUUCUGUCCAGCUCAAUAUACCCUCAGAAGAUUGUGAACAUCCCAUAUGUGUCCUUGUUACUGAUUUUUUAAGGGAGUCUUUUAGCAUCUUCCUGGAAUUGUCACGGGGUUAUGAUUGUAAAACAAGUGUAUGGUUUAAACAGUAAGUUGGAAUUUUUUUUUAUAGCAAAAGUGGUGUAUUUGGCAAACAGCCAAACACUUUGUAGAAUCAGCUGCUCUAUAAGUGUAUUUUUAAAACUAGUA